GUCAUCAAGAGAGUUAUGAAGAAGAUUUGAUCUUACGAGAACAGUUGACAACUUCUUUAGGACAAACAGGAACUUUCUUUGUCGAAUUUGAUCAACCACGUGAUUUACUAAUAGAACUUUCAACUUUUUUGACUCAAACUGAAAAUGGGUUCCAAGAUCUCUAA